UUUGAGUCUCCGCGGAGUCGGCAUGAGCGUGUCACGCGUCGAGGUGCUGGGCCUUUAUCGCCGCGUGUUCCGCCUGGCGCGGGGGUGGCGAUUGCAAGGCGCCGAGCCCUCGGAAUCGCUCGCGGAGGCCGAGUACAUCCGCGCCGAGGCACGUGCGCUCUUCCGCAAGAACAAGGAUCUGGUGGAGCCGGAGAAAAUCAAGUUCUGCAUUGAGGAAUGCGAAACAAGAAUAGAACUCGCACUUCAUUACAAGAUACCUUACCCAAGACCUAUGAACCUCCCUCCCAUGGGACUUGCUGGAAAGCAGGGGCGGCACCUGAAGACUCAGGAGCGUCUCCGCAAACAGGCCAAGCCCAUCUACCUGCAGUCACAUGACGAGACGUGAACAAUUGGUAUAGCCCCCCAUGCACGGCCAUGUGGCAUGUAAAGACCAGUCUGUAAUUCUCAUGCAUUGUACAUUAAAAUAUCUGAUUUAAUCAGUAAUGCUGCUAUAGUGUAUUUUUGGGUAUGGCGAUAUAAGACCCUCUGCCAUCCAACAUAGCGAAUUACAUUAUCAUGUCUCGUGUACAAGUGUUUAAUGUUAUUAUUUGUUUCAUUACACUGGUAGGUUGAACAAUUUCAAGUUCAAUUUUAGUGAUGAAUUACAAAUUUUCACUUGAAACUAUGUCACGCAUCUGCAGGACAAAAUCAAGGAAGUCAGAAUACAACUUUAAACAUUUAUUUAAACAAUGUUGGAAUGUGUAUUAUUCCUGAACUCGUCUAUUUUUUACAUGCAUGUAAGAUGCCUUAAUUUAUUUACAUUUACUAUGGUUGCAGUUAUAUUAAAUUUACAUUAACGCAAUUGUCAAAGGACCUGGCAGCUUCGGGUAAAGCUUUAGUUGUGGUUCAUAGCAUUGGAAUGAAUAUUCCCUCCAGUAUAACUGGUUGUAUUCUUGUUUUAACUGCAUAAACUUUAGAACAUAAUAUUUUACAACUCCUUGUACCUCAUGAGUAAAUACAAGACUGUUGACUGAUUUAACUUAAUCUGUAUUAUAUUACACGCUGUGAGCUGGUGCUUAAUUUU